GUGGCCAACGGCUCUCCACCGACUGUUUGCUCAUUGAAUUACCGUGUUCAGUCUGUUCGGCUGGAUUUUGGGAAAUAAUUUGGAGAAACGCGGGCCGCGCUACUACAUUUGAACGCCUCAUACUAUCCCGGCCUUCUGCUUAUCUGACUGGGCGUGCUUUCCUGGGCUCGCUGGCUGGGUUUGGUCGGGGAGGCAGGGGGAAGUACGGAGCUGGUCCCGAGUGAUGAUGGAGCUGGAGUCGGCCAGUAAUAGAGGCGACCUGGGAGCUGUGGGGGACUCUCUGCAGCCGCAGACCCCGAGCAGGCACGAAAAAAGCCUGGGGUUGCUCACGACCAAGUUUGUGACUUUACUACAAGAAGCGAAGGACGGAGUGCUGGAUCUAAAAGCUGCGGCAGACACCCUGGCGGUGCGACAGAAACGACGUAUCUAUGAUAUCACUAACGUGCUGGAAGGUAUCGGACUGAUAGAGAAGAAGUCCAAAAACAGUAUUCAGUGGAAGGGUGUGGGUCCAGGGUGCAACACCAGGGAGAUAGCGGAUAAGCUGAUUGAUCUGAAGGCGGAGCUCGAUGACCUAGCUCUCCGGGAACAUGAGCUGGACCAGCAGCGAGUCUGGGUCCAGCAAAGCAUCAAGAAUGUCACAGAUGACUCCAACAACAGCCCUAUGGCAUAUAUAAAACAUGAAGAUCUCUGCGGAGCUUUCAAAGGUGACACACUCCUCGCAAUCCGUGCUCCAAUAGGCACACAACUAGAGGUGCCUAUACCAGAAUCUGUUCUCAACGGACAGCGAAAAUACCAGAUCCGUCUUAAAAGUACAUCUGGUCCCAUUGAGGUUUUAUUGGUCAAUAAGGACCCCUCCAGUGCCUCUCCUGUUGUUUUGCCGGUUCCUCCUCCAGAUGACGUCCUACAGAACCUCCCAGCUCCAGCACCUACCUCCCAGCUGCCCACGGCCACCACACAGGUUCCUAAAGCAGCUAUAGCUACUCCCACAAAAAUGGCUCCUGCCACAUCAGUCCCUUCAGCCAUCCAGACAGUGACGGAGGUAACGAGCACCACGCCACUCACCCCCAAAAUAGAAACACCUGCAGCAGUUACUCAGCAGCUACAGUCCUCUGCUUCUUUGGAUGGACCUGCGUCCUCUUCUGCCUCUGCAGGAUUCGAACCAAUUAAGUCAGAUCCAUCUGAAUUGCUGGACUUUCCCAAAGACAUCUCUGAAAUGUUUGACCCCACAAAAGAGAUCAUGAGUGGAGACCUGUUGGAGGACUUGAUGUCAUCAGAAGUGUUCUCUCCUCUCCUCCGUCUGUCACCUCCACCCAGUGACCACGACUACAUAUACAACCUGGAUGAGACAGAAGGCCUGUGUGACCUCUUUGAUGUCCCCAUUUUGAACCUCUGACCUCUGAGAUUGCCAUCAGAGCAGGAAACAGUCGGCCCAGAUAUGCUAAUCUGCCUUCAUUUUAUCCAGAUUUUCCCCCUCGCUGAGAGUGAAGGUGGGAAGAGGUGCAGGAAACGAAUCUGAAGAAUGUUAAAGGGCAUCUCUGCACUGACACGAUGAGCUCCAGCUGAGCUCUGACAGCAGCUCAACGUGCCAUCUAGUGAAGAAACACAGGCAUGAACAAAACGUUUUACUUACUGCUUUUCCAAGGAAAAAAAAGAGUCGUAAUUAUAUUUUUGGGGGGAUUUUUAUGUAUUAUAAGGGGUUAUGUUUGUGUAUCAGCUUUCCCGUGUGCUUGUGAGUGAAAGUGUGUGGGCAUACUUUAUGUGAGUGUGCUUGUGUGUCUGUGAGCGUGCUUUUGUAUAGAGCGAUCUCUUAAGUCAAAGGUUUCUAGGAUUUAAGAGAAACCCUUUUACUAUCAGGUUAAAAGUCAUGGUGAGCGAAGUUCAUGCAUGACUUCAUUGAGUCCAAACAUGGCUGGUUAAAAAUGCACUGUCCUCAUGUACAUAGAGAAUAUAUCUUUUGUAUUACCAGCACACAAGUUAUUCUUUAAAAACUACUCAUUAACACACAGAGCACAAUAGUUUGCAGGUAAACAAAUGUGCCCAACAAGUGUUUUCAAGUGUUUUGUACCAGUUGGAUGAAGAGGAUCUUAAUGCAAAGCUAAGGCUAUUUAGAUUUGUGAUACAAGGAAUCACCGACCAAAUAAAAAGUAGAAUUUAAUUAGAAUUUAAAACUUGAUGCUUCUUAAAAUCUAAUAUGAAAAUCAUCACCUGUAAACCACCGUAUGACUACCUUCUUCUUAAACUGGUACUAGCGCUUCUAAACUGAUAGUUUUUAUUCUUUUUAAAAAAAAAAAAAAAGUGCCCCGCUCCAGAAUGACUUUUAUUGCAGUUGUCUUUCACUUGUUUGUAUAAGAAUGCCAUCAUUUGUAUGUAAAGGCAUUUCUGAUGUAUUUUAUUGAUGCAGUGAACAGCCUGUCUCAUGCAAUAUCCUCUUGUUUUGCUUAUUUUUUUGUAUAUGUAGCACAGAUCCAUUUUCUUUAAGUUUAAUUGUAUUUGUGUUAAGUGGAGAAGCUACCUAUCGCUCUAAAUUAGACCUUUCACUUCCAUUUAUUCUCUCUGUGCGGAGGACACGUAAGUGCUUUCUUCUGUAAAAUCACUGUUGUGUAAUAAUGUCCUUUUUUGCCCUCAAUGACGUGUAUGUUUGUACAGUAUGUACUGUGUAUAUCCCUCUACUGCUUGUAUAGAAUAGCAUUUAUUUUUUUAUACCAGCUGGAUAUGUUAUUACAGGAUCCCUGCCACUGAUUGGGGGCUACACGUCAAAGGAAUUUAUCGACAAAACCUGCUUUAGCAAAGCAUCCUGUCCCGUCGUUGCACUUUUGACAUCACUGUGGACAGACUGGUUGCUACUCAUCCUCGGCUGAGAUCCAGUUUUUAUGUUUCGGACAGUGUUGUGAGCUGCCGGGAAUUUCAGCAGUAGUGGCUGGACAAAUUGUAUCCAUAUAAGACUUGAGUGCACAGAAAGUUUUUAACAGGAUCACAGUUGAUGAGCUGUAGUUGCAUCAAAUGGAACACAAUA